AUGAGGAAGGAAUUACAAAUACUGAUAUAUUCAAAUGUACUGCUGCUGUCACUUAUUGUGUUUUACACAUUUGAUUUGUUAACUCUUUGCAUAGAUGACACUUCUGAAGAUGCAUUUUUAGACAGUGAUCUCAAUCCCCAUACAAUAUCGGACUCCUCGUAUCUCAACACUACCAAUAAACCACAAUUGAUUCCAAAAAUUAUCCACCAAACGUAUAAGACAACAGAUAUUCCUGAACAAUGGAAAGAAAGUCAGAAAAAAUGCAUUGAGUUACAUUCUGAUUAUGAGUACAUUCUUUGGACUGAUGAAAUGGCAUACCAGUUUAUUAGAGAAGAAUAUCCAUGGUUCUUAUCCACUUUCGAGAAUUAUAACUUCCCCAUUCAAAGAGCCGAUGCUAUCAGGUAUUUUGUAUUGGCCCAUUUCGGUGGGGUAUAUAUCGAUUUAGAUGAUGGUUGCGAAAGAAAAUUAGAUAGAUUGUUGACAGUGCCAGCAUUUGUGCGGAAGACAUCACCAACCGGUAUCUCGAACGAUGUAAUGGGUUCAGUGCCCAGACAUCCGUUUUUUUUACGUCUCUUAAAGUCAUUGAAACAUUAUGACAAAAAUUGGUAUGUACCUUACUUAACUAUUAUGGGGUCGACUGGUCCAUUAUUUGUGAGUGUUGUCUGGAAACAGUACAAGAGAUGGUAUAACAAUGGUAAUGAAAACGGUGCUGUGAAAAUUCUACAACCAGCUGAUUAUAAAAUGCACAAAGAUUCAUUUUUCUCCAUUGCAAAAGGCUCGUCAUGGCAUCUUGAUGAUGCUAAAUUUAUGAAAACAUUAGGCAAUCAUAUUCUUUCAUGUGUUGUUGCCGGAUUUAUCUUUGGAUUUUUCAUACUUUUUGCAGAGUACUGUUUCUACUGUUGGUUAUGUGAUACCAGAGCCGUAGGCAAUGCCAAUGGCGGAUCAACAAACGUAACGAAUUGGAAAUUAUUGUGGAGACAGUUCAGUAAUAAGAUGCUACUAGUUCUUGACAAAAUUUUCAGUAUUCGCAAACAUGAUAAUACGAAUGAUACUGGUGUUAUAUUUGAUGGUAAUGUUAAUUUUGAAAAUAGUUAUGGAAAAAAUGCAAGACAAAAGAGAUCUAGGAAGGAUUCGAAUUCACCAUAUCAUAAUAUAAUGACUGAUUUAGAGAAAAAUGAUCCCCAAUUUACUGAUUUAAGUUAG